AUGCCCAGCCCACUCAUUCUCUUCUUAAUGAUCUUUUUUCUCCUGGAGUGUACCAUAGGAAUCAUAGAAAAUAGUUUCAUCAUCAUUGUGCUGGGCAGGGAGUGGGUGCAAUGUUGGACCCUGCUUCCUGGUGACAUGAUACUGGCCAGCCUGAGCAUCUCCCGCUUCUUUCUACAGGGAGCAGCAGUUUUUAGCAACUUCUUCUCAUAUUUCUUCCUAACUAGCAGAAAGCUAUACAUUGACAUUUUCUGGAAUUUUGCUAACACGGUCUCAUUCUGGUUCACCACCUGGCUUGCUGUUUUCUACUGUGUGAAAAUUUCAUCCUUCACUCACCCCAUCUUUCUCUGGCUGAAGUGGAGAAUUUCUGGAUUUGUCCCCUGGCUACUGUUGUGGUCCUUAGUGAUAUGCAUUUUGAUAUUUAUCUUAUCUUUUGUAAAGACCUCUCUUGUUUUCCAACUGCCAGUCACUGGGAAUUACUCAGAAAAGACCACUUUUGAUGAUGUCAUAAGAGCAUUCCAGAGUCAUUUUUUAUUGCCACUGCAAAUGUUUAUUUUGUUAAUUCCUUUCCUCUUCUUCCUUGCCUCCACCAUCUUGCUAAUUUCCUCCCUGUGCCGACACUUGAGAAACAUGCAGCACCGUAGUGCUGGUCCUCAGCAUCCAAGUAUGCAGGUCCAUGUUACAACUGUGAAGUCACUUUUUUUCUUUCUCAUUCUCUAUGCGUUAUACGUUCUGCCUAUUAUCAUCUCCCUCGCAGCACCUAUUUCAGUUUGCAGCUCUCACUAUUGGGUAUGGGAGAUAGUGAUCUAUUCUGGCAUCUCCAUCCAUUCUGCCUUCCUGAUUCUGAACAGCUCGAAACUAAGAAGGGCUCUGAAGAAGAUGCUGCAUUAUCGUGAGGCUGCAUGA